AAGAGAAGUCUUUAGAGGAGUCUCUAUCUCUCCUUCUCUCUUUCUCUAUCUCUCUCUCAUUGAGGUUCUCACAAAGAUAUCAUGGUAAUGGCAAACAAGGUCUUCUUCCUCAUAGCUUUUGCCCUUCUUCUAUGUUUCUCACAAAGAGGGAAUACACAGGGAGCAACAUGCAGUCUAUCAGACAUUGGGAUAAACCAAACAAGAACAGGAGAAGUUGUUAAUGGUGCGGAUGAAUAUGCAGUGGUGAUCAGCAAUAACUGUGCAUGUUCUCAAUCUUCUAUCCUGCUCAAAUGCGCCGGAUUUAACACCGUUGAGGACGUUGAUCCUAUGUUGUUCAAGCCAGUCGAAAACGAUCAAUGUUCGGUUAACAAUGGUCGCCCUAUUCUUCAAGGUUCAAACAUCACUUUCAAGUAUGCUUGGGCUAGUCCUCAAGUCUUCCUUCCUGCAAGCUCUGUUAUCACUUGUGCAGGAGUGAAACCCUAAAACCAAUAACAAUGUUGUGUUUCAAUGCAGUGCAUGAGCGUUCUUGUGUUCUCUAUGCUAUACAACUUCAUAGUUUUAAAUUUGAUUAUGGAUCAAUAAAGUUAAUUUAGAUUGAAA